UGAAAACCUAGUCAGGGUGGGAGGCGGCGUGGCUGCAGCGCGGCGGGAGGGCCGCGCCGGUCGCCUUCUGCAGCCGCGUCUCCGUCAGUUCCCGUCGCCGUCACUGGGGCGCCGUGCGGCUCCAGUCCGGGGCGGAAGCUGCGGCCGUCGCGGCGGCCGGAUCCGCGUCCCGCCUCAGCGCCCGGAGGACAUGCAGGAGAGAGAAUGAGCCAGAGGGACACGCUGGUGCAUCUGUUUGCCGGAGGAUGUGGUGGUACGGUGGGAGCUAUUCUGACAUGUCCACUGGAAGUUGUAAAAACACGGCUGCAAUCAUCUUCUGUGACACUUUAUAUCUCUGAAGUUCAGCUGAACACCAUGGCUGGAGCCAGUGUCAAUCGAGUAGUGUCUCCUGGACCUCUCCAUUGUCUAAAGGUGAUCUUGGAAAAAGAAGGGCCUCGUUCCCUGUUUAGAGGAUUAGGCCCCAAUUUAGUGGGGGUGGCCCCUUCCAGAGCAAUAUACUUUGCUGCUUAUUCAAACUGCAAGGAAAAGUUGAAUGGUUUAUUUGAUCCUGAUUCUACCCAGGUACACAUGAUUUCAGCUGCAAUGGCAGGUUUUACCGCAAUCACAGCGACCAACCCCAUUUGGCUUAUAAAGACUCGGUUACAGCUUGAUGCAAGGAACCGUGGGGAAAAGCGAAUGGGCGCUUUUGAGUGUGUCCGUAAAGUGUAUCAGACAGAUGGACUUAGAGGAUUUUAUAGGGGCAUGUCUGCUUCAUAUGCUGGCAUAUCAGAGACUGUUAUCCAUUUUGUUAUUUAUGAAAGUAUUAAGCAAAAACUACUGGAAUAUAAGAUUGCUUCUACGAUGGAAAAUGAAGAAGAGUCUGUAAAAGAAGCAUCAGAUUUUGUGGGAAUGAUGCUAGCUGCUGCCACUUCAAAAACGUGUGCCACAACUAUAGCAUAUCCACAUGAAGUUGUAAGAACAAGACUGCGUGAGGAGGGAACAAAAUAUAGAUCCUUUUUUCAGACACUGUCCUUGCUUGUUCAAGAAGAAGGCUAUGGGUCUCUUUACCGUGGUCUGACAACUCAUCUGGUGAGACAGAUUCCAAACACAGCCAUUAUGAUGGCUACCUAUGAAUUAGUGGUCUACCUGCUCAAUGGAUAGCACCACCAGGCUGCUGUACUAUAAAGAGGGAAGACCAAAAGAUACAGUGGACCAUGGAGUACCGAAGCCAGCUUGGUGGACAGAAGGGAAAUAGUGUAGGAACACGGAACUAUACCUAAGUGGAAGUUUGGUUGUAGGAAUUAAAGUAAUCAUAACCACAUUACUUAGUCUUUUUAGUAAUGUGAAUAAAAACCUUGGCUGCCUCCAAGAAAAAGCCUUUAGAAGCGCACAUUCUUCAAAAUUGCCAUUUUCUCUGCCAUGUCCACAGGACACAGUUGGCAUUUUGUUGAUUUAUGGCAAUCAGAGUAUAGUGUUUAUUCCAUGAGCACUUUUCCAGUCUUCUAGACAGAGCCAUCUGUAACUGUAUAACUAUCCAAAGAUAGUAUUGACAGUCAUAAAUUUCUAACUUCUGCAUAAUUCCUAUAAAAUUGAAAAAUAACAAUGAUAGUAGUAUUUUCACAUUUCCUUGAGAGGAUCUGGCACUAUAAAGUUAAUCAUUUGGCAUUAGUAGUCACUCUUUUUGACGACAAAUGAAGUAGUGUUAAACAUGUGUUUAUUUGUAGCUUUAAAAUGUUUUGGUUUCCACUGCUCACAGGUGCUUUUAUGUUUAGCAUAAUGUGAACACUUAAAUUGUUUGUUAAUGUAUCAACUCAAAUGGUAAUAAUUUGGGACACAAUAAACCAGUAAAAUGUUGAUUCUUGGCCAUUUCAGUGACUUGAGCAUGUCCUCUUAUCUUUUCUAACCUAACGAUACAUGAAUGAAUGCAGUAUCUUUUCAAUGACUUAUUAAUUAUGAACUUGAGUUAUCCCCUAUCAUACCUAGGUAUCAUUUUCUUAAAGUGGAAAAAAUUCACUGCUUCUGAAUCUUCUCUAUUUGGUUUCACAUUAAGAAUUUGAACGUUUGAAUUAUUUCCAGAAGCUCUGCAUACAUUGCAUUUAUUUAGUAGAGAAAAUGGUAAUUUUCAGCUUUGUCCUUAUGAGGUGUUUUCUUUUUUUAAGGUGACGUUAUAAAUAUCUGGGGCAGCAUAAACAUUAGAGAAGAAGGGCCCUCUGCAAUCUGAUUGGGCAGGUAGUGAUCCUAAUUAACUUACAGUUUUAUAAAUGAACAAACUGCUUUGGACAAGGAAUUUAUUCCAUCCGAAUUUCUUGAAUGGUAAAUCAUAGAAAGAUUCAAGUUAAUUCAGAUUAAGCGUGUUAACAGGAUAUAGUUUUUACGUUUUGCUCUUAAGUUCAACUGCACCUUUUAAUACUUUAAAUGUAUUAUAUGUAUGGCCCUUAUGAAGAUAUUUGCUGUAAUUCAAGUAAAAGACUUUCGCUUAUGGAUGUUGCUAUACUGGUGUAUGAAACUUAUACAAUUAAACUCCAGUGCGGUAGUCAUUUCAGUAUACAUGAACUGUGCAUUUUGUGCAAUGGCUUUAUCUUAAUGACUUUUUGUGAAUGCACUUUGUGGCCUUUUGGGGGGGAGCGUGAGAGUAGGAGAGAAUUCCCAAGUUAAGAUUACUUUUUUAAAGUAUUGGUUAUGUAUUAGGCAGAAACAGUGUUCAUAACAUUUUUCUGGGAUUUAGGUAUAUUUUGGAGAUCUUUACUAUAAAUGUUUUAAGUAUUCUUAUGUACACUGUAGUGCCCCUAACAUAUAGAAAAUCAUAGCAUGUCAUUGCAAGCCUUCUCCACUGUCACCAGUGAGACACAGUGCCCUCUUAAAUUCCUACACCUUAACUUCCUUGCAGUCAACAGUAACUGGAUGUUUUUGAGGUGCUUCGAUUGGAAUUUAAAAUAUUCCAAUCUCUUUGGAGACCAAAGGCAAAUUCAGUUUCAUUACCUUUGGGAUUAUUCAUACCUUUUAUGGUGAAUUUCAGCUUUGACAUUUAUUGUGAGGAACAUGCCCCCUUCCCCCAAAAAACAGUAAUGGGGUUUCUAACUUAAAUCUGUAAAGAAAGUGUCAAUAUAUAGUGUUUUCAUUUUCAUGUGCCACUUACACUGCCUAAUACAGUGCAAUUUGCCUUGUGAAGAUCUGUAAACAUUAGUUGUAUUGAAUGUCAGACAGAGACUCUCUAAUCAUAGUGAUCUGAAUACCCCACAAAUGAUUAAGAAUGAUAUAAAAACCAGCAGCUAAGGAACAUCUUAUUUAGUUGUAGCAAAUUCAUAACAAGUGUCCUUCAAGGAUGAACUCGUAUUCUAUUCCUGUGUGUAUUUGUAUUGACCCUUUAGUGCAAUUUUUUCAGCUUUUAAAAGUGAGUAUAUUUAUGUGCUGGAAGGAAAAAGAUCUUAGAGUCUCACACUUUGUUUCUUUGUGCGACAAGUGGCAA